AUGCUAUCCUCCAAACCCCCGCGCCGGAAAAUCGUUCCGGCGAACGGUGAUGAGUCCGCCGAUAAACUGGACCAGCUUCUCUUAUCCUCUGCCAUAUGCAACAACGAGGACUUAGGCCCGUUCAUCCGCAAGGCUUUUGCCUCGGGCAAGCCGGAGACGCUCCACCAUCACCUGCGUCACUUCGCGCGCUCGAAGGAGUCCGAGAUCGAGGAAGUGUGUAAGGCUCACUACCAGGACUUCAUCCUCGCCGUCGACGAUCUACGAUCCCUCCUCUCCGACGUCGAUUCGCUGAAGUCCUCCCUCUCUGACUCCAACUCGCGGCUCCAGUCCGUCGCGCGCCCGCUCCUCUCGUCGCUUGACGCCUUCGUAGAGACGCGUAACGUCUCGAAGAACGUGAACCUGGCCAUUGACUCCGUCCGCACUUGCGUCAAGCUGAUGGAGGUUUGCACGCGGGCCAACCGCCAUCUCGCGGAGGACAACUUCUAUAUGGCGCUGAAGUGCAUGGACGCGAUCGAGCGGGAGUACUUGGACAAAACGGCGUCCUCCACGCUGAAGCGGAUGCUGGAGAAGAAGAUUCCAGAGAUUCGGUCGUACAUCGAGAGGAAGGUGAACAAAGAAUUCGGGGACUGGUUAGUGGAGAUCCGAGUCGUGAGUCGCAAUUUAGGUCAAUUGGCGAUAGGUCAAGCCUCGUCAGCGAGGCAGAGAGAAGAGGAUCUAAGAAUUAAGCAGCGCCAAGCAGAGGAACAGAGUAGACUCAGCGUUAGGGACUGUAUUUACGCUUUGGAGGAAGAAGAUGAAGACGGAAUCAUAGCUGGCGGGAUCGGCGAAGACGGCGGUGGAGUCGCUGGGUUUGAUUUGACUUCGUUGUACAGGGCAUACCAUAUUCAUCAGACUUUAGGGUUAGAGGAUCGGUUUAAGCAGUAUUAUUAUGAGAACCGGAAGCUUCAGUUGACUUCGGACUUUCAGGUCUCGUCGAUGACUCCUUUUCUGGAGUCGCAUCAAACAUUCUUUGCGCAGAUUGCAGGGUUCUUUGUGGUGGAGGAUCGCGUGUUGAGGACCGGAGGUGGGUUGAUAUCAAAAAUGGAGGUUGAGAAUCUGUGGGAUAUUGCUGUUAGUAAGAUGUGUUCUGUGUUGGAGGAUCAGUUCUCCAGAAUGCAAACUGCUAAUCAUCUUUUGCUUAUUAAGGACUAUGUAAGUUUGUUAGGAGUAACACUGCGGAGAUAUGGGUAUCCCAUUGAUGCGUUGCUUGAUGUUUUGAGCAAACACAGGGAUAAGUACCACGAGCUGCUUUUGUCCGAUUGUAGGAAGCAGAUUGCGGAGGCUGUUGCGGCUGAUAAAUUUGAGCAGAUGUUAAUGAAGAAAGAGUAUGAGUAUUCCAUGAAUGUGCUUUCUUUCCAGAUACAGACUACGGAUAUCAUACCGGCUUUUCCCUAUGUUGCGCCGUUUUCAACCACUGUGCCGGAUUGUUGUAGGAUUGUGCGGUCAUUCAUUGAGGAUUCUGUGAGUUUCAUGUCUUAUGGCGGGCAGCUUGAGUUCUAUGAAGUUGUUAAGAAAUAUUUAGACAGGCUUUUGAUCGAGGUUUUGGAUGAAGCUUUAGUGAAACUUAUCAAUACAUCGAUCAGUGGUGUCUCCCAGGCCAUGCAAAUGGCAGCGAAUAUGGCUGUCUUGGAGCGUGCUUGUGAUUUUUUCUUUCGCCAUGCUGCACAGCUUUCGGGUGUUCCCUUGAGAAUGGUGGAGAGAAGCAGAAGGCAAUUUCCCCUAAGAAAAGCUCGUGAAGUUGCAGAAGAGAUGCUCUCUGGGCUACUCAAAGCCAAAGUUGAUGGAUUUAUGAGCUUGAUAGAGAAUGUAAAUUGGAUGUGUGACGAGGUACCUCAGAGUGGAAAUGAAUAUGUAAAUGAGGUUAUAAUUUAUUUGGAAAUUUUGGUUUCAACUGCUCAACAGAUAUUGCCAUCUCAAGUCCUUAAGAGAGUAUUGCAGCAAGUUUUUGCUCACAUAUCCGAGAAGAUAGUUGGGACUUUAGUUAGUGAUUCUGUCAAGAGGUUUAAUGUCAAUGCUAUUAAUGGAAUUGAAGUAGACAUUCGGCUCUUAGAAUCAUUUGCUGAUAAUCAGGCCUCUCUUUUCUCUGACGGGGAUGUUGAUGUUUUGAAAGCAUCACUUGCCAGUUCAAAGCAACUGAUUAAUUUGCUAUUGAGUAAUCAUCCAGAGAAUUUCUUGAAUCCAGUGAUAAGGGAGAGGAGUUACAGUAGUUUGGACCACAAGAAAGUGGUGAUUGUUUCAGAAAAGUUGAGGGAUCCUUCAGAUCGGCUGUUUGGAACCUUUGGUAGUCGUGGAGCCAGGCAGAAUCCGAAAAGGAAAUCAUUGGAUACAUUAAUAAAAAGACUUAGGGAUGUUAACUAA